ACACUGAAAUUCGGCUUCCAAAAACAAGUUGAACGUUUCAAAACAUCGUGACCAAACACCAGCAGAAAUAAUGCCAAAAGUCCGCCGCAGCCGCAAGUCACCGCCGGAGGGCUGGGAGCUGAUCGAACCGACCCUGGAAGAACUGGAACAGAAGAUGCGCGAAGCCGAAACGGAACCGCACGAAGGAAAACGUAUCACCGAAUCGCUGUGGCCGAUAUUCAAGAUUCAUCACCAGAAAUCGAGGUAUAUCUAUGACUUGUUCUACCGGCGGAAAGCCAUCAGCAGGGAACUGUACGAGUACUGCCUGAAGGAGAAGAUUGCCGAUGGGAAUUUGAUUGCCAAGUGGAAGAAGUCCGGCUACGAGAAUCUGUGCUGCUUGAGGUGCAUCCAAACGAGGGAUACCAACUUCGGGACGAACUGCAUCUGCCGGGUACCGAAGUCGAAGCUGGAGGAAGGACGGGUGGUGGAGUGCGUCCACUGCGGAUGUCGGGGGUGUUCCGGUUAGAGACUGGGUUAGGAGGUAGGAAAAAUGAAUUGAUUUGCUUGUAUCUGCGGAAGAGAGUGUGACUGCGCUUUAGGACAUUAUUUUCUUGGUAAUACA